ACGCGGCGAUGACGGGCAGAGUCUACGGUGGGACGGAGUAGGACUGCAAAUGGAUCUGAAUAUCUGUUUGUGUCGCUUAUUUGCAGUUUGUUUAAAGCCGGAUGAAAGAAUACUCUAUCCCCUACAUGUUCGUUCUCUUCUAGAGCUUCUUCUAAGAAUUCAAUGUCAUAACCCAGAGUGAGACGUUUCCAAACAGGAAGUUAAACAAGUACGUCGCCGUCUUGAGCUUCUCUGCUCUCAGUGGACUGAGCCUGUGAUUGAGUGAGAAGAAAGGAAAGGAAAGGAUUGGCUGGAAGAGAGCCAGACUCCUUCACUGGGGCUAUGGAGGAGGAGGGGCAGCAGAGCUUGGAGUGCAUCCAAGCCAAUCAGAUCUUCCCCAGGAAGCCCCCAGUCCUGGAGCAAGAUGACCUGCAGGUGCCCUACGCUGAGCUGCAUGGAGAGUUCACCCAGUAUGUGGGGAGAGCGGAGGACGCCAUCAUCGCCAUGUCCAACUACCGGCUGCACAUCAAGUUCAAGGAGUCCAUCGUCAACAAUUGUUCGUGCGAAGUGUCAGUUCCUCUCCAGUUGAUUGAGAGUGUGGAGUCUCGGGACAUGUUCCAGCUGCACAUCACCUGUAAGGACUGCAAAGUCGUAAGGUGCCAGUUCUCCACACUAGAGCAGUGUCAGGAGUGGCUGAAGCGUCUGGUGGCUGCGAUUAGACCUCCAGCCCACCUGGAGGAGCUGUUUGCCUUCGCCUACCACGCCUGGUGUGUGGACGUCUACACCGGAGAGAAAGAGCAGCAUGGACAGCUCUGCAGGCCAGGCGAUCACGUGACCUCUCGCUUUAAGAGCGAAGUAGAGCGCAUGGGCUUCGACACUCAAAACGCCUGGAGGGUGUCCCACAUCAACAGCAAGCACAAGCUGUGCCCCAGCUACCCUCAGCAGCUGCUGGUGCCCGCGUGGAUCACAGAUAAGGAACUGGAGAACGUGGCAGCCUUCCGCUCAUGGAAGAGGAUCCCAGCUGUUGUCUACAGGCACCAGAGAACGGGCGCAGUGAUUGCCCGGUGUGGUCAGCCGGAGGUGAGCUGGUGGGGGUGGCGUAACGCGGACGACGAGCACCUGGUCCAGUCCAUCGCCAAGGCCUGCGCAGUGGACAGCAGCAGCGCUCUCAAACCCCUCACACACAGCUCCUGCUCACGGGACUUCUCCAACGGCACUGACCUCUCUGACACGGACUUUGAGUCGUCCAUGACCAACAGCUCAGAGGUGGAGAGUUUGGCCAUCCAGCCUCAUAAGCUGCUGAUCCUGGACGCCCGCUCAUACGCCGCCGCAGUGGCCAACAGAGCCAAGGGAGGAGGCUGUGAAUGCCCAGAGUACUACCCCAACUGUGAGGUGGUGUUCAUGAGCAUGGCCAACAUCCAUUCCAUCCGCAAGAGUUUCCAGGCUCUUCGCUUCCUCUGCACACAGAUGCCUGAUCCAGCCAACUGGCUGUCUGCCCUGGAGAACACCAAGUGGCUGCAGCACCUCUCCCUGCUGCUGAAGGCGGCUCUGCUGGUGGUGAACACCGUGGACCGAGACCACCGGCCUGUUCUGGUCCACUGCUCCGACGGCUGGGACCGCACGCCACAGAUCGCCGCCCUUGGCAAGAUCCUGCUGGACCCCUACUACCGCACCGUAGAGGGCUUCCAGGUGCUGGUGGAGACCGAGUGGCUGGACUUCGGCCACAAGUUCGCUGACCGCUGUGGACACGGCGAGAAUGCUGAGGACCUGAAUGAGCGCUGCCCGGUCUUCCUGCAGUGGCUCGACUGCGUUCACCAGCUGCAGAGGCAGUUCCCGUGCUCCUUCGAGUUCAACGAGGCCUUCCUGGUGAAGUUGGUGCAGCACACAUAUUCGUGUCUGUACGGAACGUUUCUAUGCAACAGUGGUAAGGAGCGGGAGGAGCGGCUAAGCCAGGAGAAGACCUGCUCCGUGUGGUCAAUACUGCGGCCUGCCAACAGAGCUUUCCGGAAUAUGCUCUACUCCUCGCACUCUGAGACCGUAUUGCACCCUGUGUGUCACGUGCGGAACCUGUUGUUGUGGACGGCGGUCUACCUCCCCAGCUCCUUGCCCACCACGCCUUCAGAUGACUCCUGUGCCCCCUACCCCAACCCCGAGGACCAGCCCCUGGGCAGGCGGUCAAAGACGCGGUCGUUUGACAACCUUCCGAGCGCGUGCGAGGUGUUUCCCAACCGCCGCUCGAGUGACCCCAGCCUGAACGAGAAGUGGCAGGACCAUCGACGGUCUCUGGAGCUGAACAUCGGAACCGGAGCGGAAUCGGACCAGGACGAGAGGCCUGCCGGGCAAAACGGAACGCUGGUCGGACCUGCUGGGCUGAGAACAGGGCCGGUGGACAGAGCGCAAGACGAGAGCGAUGGAGAACGUGGAGAACAUGGAGAACGUGAUGGUCAACGGCACGAGGACAGGAAGGCUGAAGGGGGAGGGGCUAACGCAGAGGAGGAGGAGCCAGCUGUGUCCGUGGGCAUGACUGCGGGGCAGAUGGGGAACGUUCUGCAGGAGGCAACGGAGGAUGCGGUGGGAGUCGUGGGCCGGCUGGAGAAGGCCAACGCCCGCGGCGGCAGGACGGUCGCGCACGGCGCACGGGAUGUCUACCCGAAUAGAACCAUGGAUGCGAUGGACAGCGUCACCAACAGAGUGACCUCUCCUGAGGACGAGAGCCGUGAGGCCCUGAAACCCACAGAUGCUGGACUGAAUCCAAACGACGUGCACGCACACGCUGUGAACGGCGCCCUCGCCGACGCUCCCACCCCAGAGCCCCAGGGGGCGACAGAGAGCCAGGAAGCACCCUCUGCCCCCUCCCUCCGCACGCACGCCGCCCUCAGGACUAUGAGCAAUGGCGGAGCGGGAGCAGGACCGGCCGAACAGCCGGACAGGCCGGACCAGCCGCCGCCACCGCCAGAGUCGCUGGACAAGAGGCUCUCCCUGCUGGAGAGCUCCACAGAGACGCUCACCGAGGAGGGGACCAAUCCCGCGCCCCGCCCAGACUCCCUGGCCCCCGCGAGAGUGGACGGCCCUGAGCCCGACGCCAACCCGGAGCUGGGCCCCUCCCAGCGUCCCGCUCUCAGUGCCUUGGCCCCCGUGCCGCCCGCCCAGGACGACUCUCGGCCCCCCCACCCCCCCUGCAACGGCGGCGAGAGCUGGGAGCCCGAGCCGGGCACCCCUCAGUGGGCGCGGAGCAACGGCGAGCGCGCCCCCCUCAGCCGCCAGCUCUCGGCCGCCAGCUGCGGCUCCCUGACGCUCCAGUACGCCUCCGCCGUCGCCGCGGCAACGCCGCCGCCCGCGUGCCCCUACCUCCCGCAGCAGCACCGCGCCAGCUGCUCCCAGCACCACCACCGUUGCUGCCCGCACGGCAUCAUGGGAAGGCCCACGACGGCCGCCAGCCCCUCGGAGGCGGGUCCGAGCCAGCGCAGCCACCUGGACGAGGACGGGCUGGCGCUGCACACGGACGCGGUCCAGCAGCGUCUGCGGCAGAUCGAGGCCGGGCACCAGGCCGAGGUGGAGACGCUGAAGCGGCAGGUGCAGGAGCUCUGGAGCCGCCUGGAGAGCCAGCAGGCCGCGGGGGGGCUACGCCUGAACGGAGACCUGGGGGACGAACUGACCUCAAUAGCGGACUCCGACUUCAAUCAGGACCCAAACUGCCUGUCGCGCUGCAGCACAGAGUUCUUCUCAGAAGCCAGCUGGGAGCAGGUGGACAAGCAGGACACUGAGGUAACGCGGUGGUACCCUGACCACUUGGCGGCUCAGUGCUACGGCUGCGAGAGCAGGUUCUGGUUGGCCACCAGGAGACACCACUGCAGAAGCAAACCACCUGUAGAAGAGGCCUGGAACUGUGGGAAUGUGUUCUGCGGUAGCUGCUGCGACCAGAAGAUCCCAGUGCCGAGCCAGCAGCUGUUUGAGCCCAGCCGCGUGUGCAAGAGCUGCUUCACCAGCCUGCAGGCCGCCGCCACGCCCAAACAGAUGGAGCUGGAGCGGCCCAUCACCGCCAGCUCCAACUAGCCUGCACACACACACCCACACACCCACCCAGCCCUCAGCCCAGCCCAGCCCAGCCUCAGCCAUGGAAGCCUGUGGGGGGCAACCUGGCUCCACAGACCCCCUUACCCCCCCUCGUGGCCUUGGUGCUCGGCAGUGGAGGAGGAGGAGGAGGAGGAAGAGUGGAGGAAGGACGGCAGAAGGAGUCUGUUUUUGUUUAGUUUGUUUUCCUUCUUGUUUGUUUGUUUUGCACAGACAGGACAGUAGUGGUGCUCUGGACAGCUGGGACUUUCCUGCUCCUGGGGGAAAAGGAACUUAGGGGGUGUGUGUGUGUGUGUGUGUGUGUGUGUGUGUGUGUGUGUGUGUGUGUGUGUGUGUGUGUGUGUGUGUGUGUGUGUG